AGCAGCAGUCGUCGCCAGCUAGCGAGCAGCGGGCAGGCGAAUCGUUGCCGAGAGUAGAGUCGGCCGUUUCGUUCGUCGCAAGAGUUUCGCGAUCGUGGAAAAAGCAAAAAGGAAAAAAGAAAAAGAACCGCCGGUGGGUGUAGUGUGUCUGGCGGUGCGCGGCGAGAAACGAAAGAGGAGAGAACACCGGAGAGAGCGUGAAAUGAGUACUGCCGAAGCGAUAUCGAGGGUGAAUGGAAGUUGGCUACUCGCCCCUCGGUAAAACAUUAUUAUUUAUUUAAAGGAUUAACCACGAAACGCGUGUAACUAAUCGGCAGUGAUACGCAGCGCACGUAGGUGCGAUAAUAUGGGUGAAUAUUGGUGCUCGCGCCGGUCGGUGGUGGUGCUGGUGACGAUGAUAAUCUAAACUUGAAGAAUAUUAAACAGUGCGUAACGUUUCUCUCUCUCUCUCUCCGUAUGUGAAUGUGUCUGCGAGCGAGAGAGCGCACGUUCGCGAUUGUGGUGAAAAUAAAGCACACAUAAUAACAUGGAAAAUAACAAUCAUUCGGUAAUAUCGAGGCAGCAGCAGCAACAGCAGCAGUGGUGCGUUUCGUAUUCGAUGUGAAAGGUUGUGUGUGUGUGCGCCUGUGUGGGUGCAGUGUUUUGUGCGUAGGGAAAGGGAUGACGUAGGCUUCUCGCCUCCUGUGACUUGUGUUUGUUUCUCCGUGUAUGCGCGCGUGUACUGUUUUUUUUUUUUUUUCUUUACUUUUUAAAUAUCGGACAGCGUUCGCGAGCUGCGACUGAACACAACUUGUGGAAACCCGACUACAGAAUCAUACGUGUCUCUAUAUCGUGCCGUACAAAAACGAACGAGCCCGAACUCUGUACCAGGAACCAGCAGCUUGCUUGGAUCAUUUUUGGGGACACGACAAGAUGGCUGAGAAUAUCGUCGUCGACUGUUACUGCUGGCGCUUCGCCGAAGGCUGACCCCGCCGCCGAGGAGGAGACCUCGGGCAGUAUCGUUGCGGAUAGAAAGAGAAAGAGAGAAAGAGUAACGCGAAAAAAUCAUAAAACAAAAACAAACGGGACGGAAAGUCAGAAGCGAACGAUAAACGCCAACCCAGUGCGUUCUCCCUACCCUGUUCUUUUUUUUUUUCUUUGUUACGUGUUGGGUAGUUUCGUUUUUUUUUUUUUUUUUGUUUUUACUUCUAAAAAAACCUUUUAAUCUUGGUCAGUUAUUGUCGCAUCCAUGAGACAAUACUGCUACGACUGCUACUACUACGACUACGAUGAUGUUGACGAUGUCGUUAUGAAACUACUACUUGUGGGCUCCUCGGAGAGAGACCGGCCGAAUUGUGAGAGGUAAUAAUAUAAUAACCCUGGAUUUGACAGCGAAACAACGCUAACUGUGUAUUAUUAUCAGAUCUUAAUAUACAUGUAUGAUUCACGUUGAGUAUCGAAGCGAAAGAAAAGAAAGAACGUCGUCGGAGCUAUGCGCAAAAGUUGAGCAAGCUAACAUAAGGCUCACCGUUUCGCGGUACAUAAAUACCUGUGUUUGAGUAUACACGCACAGGUGUGAUUUAAUAACGUGUACGAAAAACAAUACCAUGAAAAUGAUCAAUUGCCUAGCCGCAUGCGAAGGAAAAAAACAAAACAAAACAAAAACGUUAUACCGAAAGCUGUCGGAGAGGGCAUGGAGAAAUAUGAAAUGUUGAAUGAAUGGAGCGAGGAAGUUACGAUAUGAGAGAUAGGAGUGAAAAAGGAGAAGGGAGAGAAUAAUUUCAAACAAGACGAUAUAAUGUGUCCGGUAAAGGAGGAACGUUUUAAAGGCGAGAAAACACGUCCAGCUCGACGAUAUUUUCACCACGGGUCGAAUAAUACAACGGAAUCGUCGUCCUGGUCGGCCAUAUUGGAGGGGGGUGGGGGGCUCGAUUACCCUCCUCACGUCUGUUCCUCCUCGCAGGCAACGUAGAAGAAUUCUCUGUCGCGCUCAUUCUCAUUUCAUGUCCAUGUAUGCGUCUGUGUUCACACCUCGGCGUUGUUUCUUCGAAUUUUUGACAUCCGCUCGUAUUGUAAAAAUACGCGUACGUAUACAUACAUGAGCAUAUAAAACACAUGCACUACCGCUACCGUCCCUACCAACGCACUACGUAUGGUUGUUGUUAUUGUGAUGUUUUCUUUUCAAUUUUCUUACUUUUUCGGUGUUCUUCGUCGACGCGUAGGAGCGGUUUGUUCCUGAUCUUGUGUUUUCAUUUCAAUUGCUCGUUAUUUAUAAACUUCGUUUUUAUUUUUUACCAAUCGUUAAUUUUUACCGUAAAUAAACACACCCCCAAGCUUCCAUCGUGUCGACGUUGUCAUCGUUAAGCAGCUAUCACUCAUCGUCAUCUACUGGUGGAUAUUCUACAGAGCUGCGAAGCUACCAGGCUUCGCCUAUCUCGUAAUACAGAUAUCCUAAAGUUUAGUUUCUCCAAUGAUCGUGCAACCGAUAUUAUUCAACAAUUGAAAAAACAAAUGUUACAAAUAAAUGGGAAGAAAAAUACCGGUGGAGUAACAAAAAAAAAUAAAAACACAAACAACGUCCUCCGCUGAUGUUUAUUAAUUGAAAUCUUACACGACAGAGAAAGAGGAAAGAAAGUCUAAAAAGAGAUUCCGUCUGCACAGCUGCUGAGCUAAUGGAAAAUGGAAUGCGUGACAUGUUCAUCCAAGCUCAGCAGACGAGCAGCAGCGUCAACGGCAGCAGCAGCAACAGCAGCAGCAGCAUCAACCCUGCUCACCAACAUAGCAAGAAGCGAAAGUUGGACUACAACAUUAGUCAACCAGUUAUCCAGCAGCACGGGCAAGUCCAAUCUGCCGACUACCAGUUGGACAACGCAACUAGCAUCCAACAGUACGCUGUGAGCGGGGUCAACACUGUAUUUGGUCCGUUGCACAAUAAUGCGCUGCAGAAAAGCCCCAACCAACAGACUCUAGUCCGCGCGUCGACUAUUAAACUUUUAGACACAUACCAGCGCUGUGGUCAGAAGAGAAAGUCUUGGUCACGAGAAGGAGGUAAUGGUGAAGGACUGGCGAUCCAAUCGACUAACACUAACACGACAAACGCUACGGCUAGUACUGUGAGCUCGCAGCAUCAUUCUUCACAGCAGCAGCAGCAACAACAGCAGCUGAAUAAUAAACAAUCCAGCAUGACUUCGCACAGUAAACAAGUUGGCAAUGGGGGCAACGGCGGUGGCGGUAGCAAUCCACAAGGAGAUGGCGAUUAUCAGUUGGUUCAGCACGAAGUUCUUUACUCUAUGACUAAUCAGUACGAGGUUCUGGAAUUUUUGGGCAGAGGAACGUUCGGACAGGUCGUGAAAUGCUGGAAAAAGGGUACAAACGAAAUAGUAGCCAUUAAAAUAUUGAAGAAUCAUCCAUCGUACGCGCGCCAAGGCCAGAUUGAGGUCUCCAUCCUGUCACGUCUUAGCCAGGAAAACGCGGACGAGUUCAACUUUGUGCGUGCCUACGAAUGUUUUCAGCACAAAUCUCAUACUUGUUUGGUGUUUGAAAUGCUUGAGCAGAACCUGUAUGAUUUUUUAAAGCAAAAUAAAUUCUCACCACUUCCUUUAAAGUACAUCAGGCCAAUUCUUCAACAAGUGCUUACCGCUCUUCUCAAACUCAAGCAAUUGGGUCUAAUCCAUGCCGAUCUUAAACCUGAAAACAUAAUGCUGGUAGACCCUGUGCGACAGCCGUAUCGAGUUAAAGUCAUUGACUUUGGUUCCGCCUCUCACGUUUCAAAAGCCGUUUGCAAUACCUACUUGCAAUCCCGUUACUAUCGUGCGCCCGAGAUCAUACUUGGACUUCCUUUCUGCGAGGCGAUAGACAUGUGGUCCCUAGGCUGCGUUGUGGCUGAAUUGUUUCUCGGUUGGCCAUUGUAUCCAGGCAGUUCGGAAUACGAUCAGAUACGCUACAUCAGUCAAACUCAGGGACUUCCCACUGAACACAUGCUGAAUAACGCUAGUAAAACUACGAAAUUCUUCUACAGAGAUAUGGACAGCACGUAUCCAUUCUGGAGGCUAAAGACUCCAGAAGAACACGAGCAGGAGACUGGAAUAAAGUCCAAGGAGGCUAGAAAAUACAUUUUCAACUGCUUGGACGAUAUUGGUCAGGUGAAUGUUCCGACCGAUUUGGAAGGGGGUCAGUUAUGCGCGGAAAAAGCGGACAGACGAGAGUUUAUCGAUCUAUUGAAGAGGAUGCUCACAAUGGACCAGGUAGAGCGCCGAAUCACACCAGGAGAAGCUUUGAACCAUGCUUUCGUAACGCUGGCUCACCUCGUCGACUACGCUCAUUGCAACAAUGUCAAAGCCUCUGUACAAAUGAUGGAGGUCUGCAGACGAGCUGGCGACUUUACCGCCAGUCCAGCUCACCAUCAAGCCCCACCUGCGCCUCAGCCAGCGCCACCGACUUCGCUGGUUGCCAAUUUUGUGCCAACGACAAACGGAAGCGCAGUCACUCUCACCUUCAACAAUCAACUGACGAAUCAGGUGCAGAGACUCGUUAGGGAACACCGCACAGCACCAUCGGGAUAUGACAAUCUGUAUCAAAUAUACACAAAUACCAGUCGGAGAGCGACGCAGUACAGUGGUUCGUCCAACGGUUCGAACAGUGGUCGUGGCGCAGUGCAUGAUUUCCCACACCAAUUGGUACCUGGGAUUCUUUGCCCACCGCCGGGCUACCAGCCGAUGCCCAGUCCGGCAAAACAUGUUGUUGUUGCACAGGUCAGUGUCGAAAUGCCACCUCAAGCUCAGCAAGCUCCCCUACAAAUCCAGCCGUCCAUUAUAUCUCAACAAGCUGUCGCAGCUGCUGCUGCGGCAGCGCAACAACAAUACGCUGCGGUUCCAGUCUCCAUGGUGGAAAGUGGCAGACAAAUGUUACUCACGAGAACUAAAUUUAACAUCCUCCCGUGUGUACAUAAGUAUCCCAUGGUUGGGUUACAGAACGCGGUACAAACGUCGUGGCCAGGUGGUAGUCGACAAAUGGCUGCCAUUGUACCUUCCUGGCAACAAUUACCACCUCAACAUGCCGCCAUACAACAACCCCUGCUUAGCGACGCGGGGGAGUGGGGCAGACCACUUAUCGUCGACAGUUCAGCCAUACUGCAGGAUCAGAGGCCCGUGUUCCCGGUAACUGAAGUUUACAACACGAGCGCACUUGUCGAACACCCGUCACAAAGCUGGGGUAAACGAAGCGUGACAAAACAUCACCAGCACCACUUGACUGUGCCGCAACAGCCGCAGCACAGACAUGAACACAAGAAGGAAACUCAGCAGUUGAGUCCCGUUAAGAAGAGAGUCAAAGAAAGUACGCCGCCCAGCAAUAUGAGGCGUCAUUCUCCUGCGAAUGGUCACUGGCAGCAACAGACCAAUCAGUCUCAUCAUCACACCGGCAGCAACACCAGUAGCAAUAAACACGGAAGUAACAAUCAUGCUGGUGAACAUCAACAGGUUACAACUGUUAGGCAGCAGACUAUAACCAUACAUGAUACACCUUCGCCAGCUGUUUCCGUCAUCACCAUAAGCGACAGCGAAGACGAAAGUCCCAGCAAAUGCUGCGGAGACCGUCAAUGUGGGGCUUGCCAAGGUUUGGCUCCUCGCUUGUCUGGCGAUGGAAGGCCUGUUCGCGAGGAUGUUAUUCGAAGCACGCAGUCUACGCCUCGUGUUGUACAGACCUCGCACCAGACUCAUUCGAGCAGUCAGACGCAUACAAACGGUCACAGUGGUUCGCACAGCUCUUCUCAAAGGGCGCAGCGUAAGAAUGUCAUCAGCUGCGUUACGGUGGGUGACAGUGAUGGGGAGGCAAGUCCAGGUCGAGUUCAUGCUCACUUGUAUCAGCAGGUCCCUCAACAUCAGCAUCAGCAGCCUGCUCAACACAUAAAGCACGAACCACAGCCUCAGCAUCAUGUCAGUUCUGGCUACUCUUCGCAAUCCCAGAAAAAACGACUACUGGCCAAAGUUCAGUCAGAAUGCAACAUGAUCAACGUCGCCACCAAGCCCGAACCUGGCGUCGAAUAUCUAGCUCCACAUCCGUGCCACGCGCCUGCCUGCAAAGAACCUCCAACUUAUCAGGAUGACGCCUAUGACAUGCAUGACUACUUCUUGCAGUAUGUGACUACUAGCAGCGCUCAUCCCCACCUUCAGGAACAACAUAUAGUCUACACAACGGGUGCCGACAAGCGCGUAUCUUGGCCUGGUAAACGAACUGAAUACAAACACGAGUACGUUCAACCACCGGCUGCGCAUUCGAGGGAUCAUCAAAAAUGGGCGGUAGCAAAUCCCGUUCAUCAGUACAGGCAGACCCAAGUGGUGGGUUCGGCGGCUCAUCACGGCCACCACGGUCAUCCGGCUCAUCUAAGCCCAGGAGGUGGAGGAGGUGGGGGUAGGAGCCCGGCUGCUGGCCCGGUAGUUGGGGGUGCCCAACACCUGGGUCAGCCUCUGUAUCAGGAAUAUGCCCACGUACGAUCACGGGGACAUCCUGUGGCGCCCCCACCUGCGGUUUAUGUUACCGCAGCUCCUUCUCAGGCACCGAGCGCCAUUCAGCAACAGCAAGUGCCCACCUACCAGGGAUUCACACCCGGGUGGGUACCUAGACGUCUAGUAGAUGCAUGCAUCUCGUCACCAUUAACGUUGUAUGAUUCUAGUCGAGCAUUACCGCCACCUGCUCAUCACAGUUCAGCCAGACCGCUACUGGCUAGUCAUGCGGCGCAUCCGCUUCCUGCUCAUAUGCAGCCGACGGCUGUUUACGGAUUGGCGCCGCUAUCGCCAGCUAAGCAUCAAUACCAGACUUCUGGCUUGUGGUUUACCGAAUAAUUGUUUAUAUCAAUAAAAGCGACAGCUUUUCAUUGGAUUACUAAAUAUAAGUUAUCACACGGCGUUGAGGCGCUCCGAGACGUUAAGUCAACUCGUAUGUUUUUCAAACGAAAAUGAAAGGCAGGAAAAUUGACAAACGAAAAAAAAAAUACACUACGAGAGAAAAUAAACUCAAAAUUCGUAACAAUGUUACCAUGUUUUGUAAAAUUCUGCCUCAUGUCUACAAUGUAUAAUCGAUAUAUCGAUCAUUUCGCAAGUAGGGGUUUUAAGUAAGCGUGCGUGUGUGUGUGUGUGUGUGUGUGCGUGUGAAAUAAUAAUAACAAUUUAAUUUAUUAUUAUUAUUAUUAUAAUUAUUGUCUGCAGUGUAGAAUAUGAAAUAAUGGGUUACGAUACUAAAAUAAAAGAAAGGUGGAUAAACUACACUUUCGCGAAAUGAUCAGAAUUAGUCAAACACAAACAGAGGAGAGUCUCGUUCGUUUAUUUUUAAUCGGUAGUCAAGUUAAUGCAUUAGUGCUAACUUAAGUGCAGAUGAUUUCUUAUUAGCAGUUUAAUUGUAAAUAGUGUGAGAGAUAAUGAGAAAGAGAGAGCAAGAAAGUGAGCGCGAGAGUGAGCGUGAGAGUGAGAGUGAGAGUGAGAGUGAAAGGGAGAGAGAAUAAAAUCAGGUGUUACUCCAAAUGAGAGUAAAUACGGUUUAUUCAAAAAUUAUAUAAUAGUUCAAAUUUAGAAGCGAUGAUGAUGCUGAUCAUUAAUGACGAAGGAAAACGAUCGAAUAAAGAAGUGAAAAUAAACAUCAAGAAGAUAAGUCUGAAACUAAGUGUAUAUGUAAACCAAUAUGUAAAAGGACCGGUAUCGAGGGAGCAACAAUCCGUCGGAAAAUCAAGACGUUACGGAUUAUCGAAAGAGCUAAAAAAAAAACAUAUAUAUAAUAUUGUUAGUCGUUUGAAAAAACUAUGUAGGAUUUAAGAAAUGGCUGGGGUUAGUUUCAUAAAUAAUAAAUGUGGAAGAGGAGCUAUGCAAAUGUAAAUAUUUCUAACGAUAUAUAUGUGUAUAUAUAUACACACAUAUAGUCCUCAAUACCAAAUUACGAACUGGAAUUUAUUUGUAGAUAUAGGCCACGUCAAAAAACUAUCAGGCUGCUUUUUUAAGGAACAAAUUAACGAAAACUUAAACGCUGCUUGCUGUGAAAGCCGAACAUUAAUGGGACUUAAUUUAGGGGAAGAAAUGUUUCAAACUAUUAUCUAAGAAACGGAAAAAAAAAAUUGAAAUAAAACUGCUUAGUAUGUGAAGCAAAAUAGAGUUAAUGGAUUGUAACCAUUAUCGUGGCCAUUCUUUAAUCAAAUUUUUAAAUUCCGUUUACACUAAUUGGCGCAUAAGCAAGGUUUCUGUCAUUGCUUUUUUUUUUACCGUUACCUCCAAAAAUUCUUAGCAAGCGCAGUGUGUAAUAGAUAUUUAUUGGGUGGGUGGGAUUGCAUUUCUUAUGGUAUAUAUUUCGAGUAUCAUAAACACCUGAAAAUAUUAUUUUAACAGUUGUUAGCAACAACAAUAACUAUAAGAAAAGACGUAAACUGAAAA